CUUGGUUUUAUGUCAUUUUAUUUUUUUAAAGCAGCAGUUAGCAUUAAUUUCUUUGCGUAGCCAAGUAAACCGGAAGUUAGUAUUGCCAUAGCAACAAGGCCCAGCACAUUUUGCUAACAGUUGGUGAACUUUGUCGAUGGUUUCUCUUACAUAACACACUAUCGGUUUUUGAUGGACGUAGUCGCUGGUCUGAGUAGUUUAUCUUUUGAGAGUGAACUGACAGAGGACGAGAAGAAGCUACUUUACCUCCGUGCACGCUCGGCUGGACUGACAUUUUGUGGGUGCGCGCACGCAGCUUUUGUGUGUCAGCUGCUCCACUCUCUGAGAUGUAGCAUCAAAAGUUACACUGGUGUUACACAAUCAGUGGCAUCCGCAGGAAAUGGUGACCUCGGUGUGGGGAUACUUGGUAUGGGUCGCCUGGGAAAACAGCUGCUCCUCGGCCUCCUUGAAAAAACCAGCAUCAAACCAUCAUAUAUAAAGAUAUCUACUAGAAAUCCAGGUUCAGUAGAGAAAAGUCUCCCUGCAGAAGUUGAGUGUUUCUUCAACAAUCGCAGACUGGCAGCAUGGGCAGAUGUUAUGUUCCUGUGCUGUUUGCCCUCUCACCUCCCCAAAAUAUGCAGGGACCUCCGCUCUCAUCUGUCAAAGCGCUGCCUGGUAUACAGCUUCACCUCUGCUGUACCUGUCACCAGAUUAGCCCAUCUUCUUGGACACGACUUUAUCAUAAAACCACAAUAUGAAUUUGUCCCUUGUGACACUGAAGACUUGUGGCUGUCUUGUUGUCAUCUGACAAAAGCACUGACAGAUCCAUUUCUAAUAGAGGCAUCAUGUCCUCUUACUAUCAAAGGUGGGAUUACUCUCAGUCUGAACUGGGUGUGUGCCGUGUUGUACAGCCUGAUGAAUGUCUGCACCUCUGCCAGUCUGGGAUCCACUGAGACCAUCUCUUUGAUUAACAACAUCUUUAAAGAGAAAGGUGUGAACAAUGUGCAGUUACAUGCACACAGUUUCAUCAGUUCAUCUGUUCCUCUUUCAGAUGAGUUUUUUCCCUGGAUUUCACUCAUUGAUGCCCAAACAAAAGACACACCACUGCUACACUUUCUAUCAAGCAGCAAAUCUAUGCAGCAGUGCAUCUCUGCAUUAUACAAAUCACACCUGGAGAGACCACUCAAAUAAUUCUGUAACAAUAUAAUGUAGUGUCCAUAAUUAUCUUACACAUGUAGCUAUAACUGAUGUUAUACCUUAGUAUAAUUAUAUUUUCAGAUUUAAAAUUUUAAAAGUUUGAUUAAUAUGUUAAAAUAAUACUUUCAUAAUGCAGGAAAGUCACAAUGCCAUUCUGUAAUAUGAAGUCAUUCUGUAAAUUGAUACAAAAGUAAAAUAAAUGACAAUGUCAUGAACUUUUUUUUAUUUAUUUAAAACUGAAAUGAAUUAUGGACUUUUCUUAAUAAGCAUUCUUUGUAAGACAAGAGAAAAGUCCUCCAUGUGGUUACUGGGUUAAAACAAAAACUUGGAAAUUAAAUAGAAAGAGAAUAAACAGUCAUGAGUGUAAAUAUGUAACAUGAAAAAAUAUUUGUAGUUACUAAAACUUAGUCUCUGUAGUGUUUUUUAAGGUG